AUGAACAUCGUUGGUUCAAUAUGUACAGAUGGCGCUCCUGCUAUGCUAGGAAAUCGGUCAGGAUUUGCUACCCUCAUGAAACGGGAAAUUCCUGAGGUUCGUGUCACACACUGCCUGCUUCAUCAGUAUGCAUUAGCAGUGAAGACUUUACCAAAAAGUCUGCAAGAAGUUUUGUCAACAUGUGUGAAAAUUGUUAACGUAAUUAGAGGACGUUCACUGAGCCAUCGUUUAUUUCAAGUGUUUUGUGAAAGCAUGGAUUCUGAACACACGGUUCUAGUGUACCACACGGAGGUGAGAUGGCCAUCCCGUGGACAUGUCUUGCAGCGUAUAUUUGAGCUUCGUGAGGAGAUCAAGACAUUUUUAAAGGAUCAAAAGUUGGAUCUCUUUUCUUCAUUUGAUUCCCCAGAGCUUGUGCAAAUGCUAGCAUACUUGACCGACAUAUUUACUAACUUAAAUGAAAUAAAUAUUUUCCUCCAAGGAAGUAAUAAAAACGUGGUUAUUGCACAUGAAAAAUUGGCUUCCUUCAAAGCUAAAAUUCCUUUGUGGUUGAGAAAUAUUGAGAAGGGAAAUUUGGCUACAUUUCCAUCGCUGGAAGAAAUUGUUGAAGAACACGGGUCACUACUUCCAGAAGUUGCCACUGCAAUACGCGUUCACCUUGUUAUUCCGAUAAAAAAUUAUAUUUGUUUCCCAGUGAUUUCUGUUCAAUUUAUUUUGGUUUAUGAAAACGACAAUAAGUUUCAAAGUUAUAGUAUUGUAAGGGUUACUUCUAAUUUUUUAACAUGCCAUUCUUGUUACAACUAA